AUGACAACAGAAUUUGGUAAUAAAAUCCUGGAUAUACACCACCAGAGGGAACAAGUUGAUAACGAAUGUCCUAUUGUUGUAGCAGGAGAAAUAUCGGCUGGUAAAAGUAGUUUGAUCAAUCUCCUUGUUGGAACAUCAAUUUUACCAGAGAGACAACUAGCAUGCACUACAACAAUUUGCAGACUACGAAACAGCGAAACCAGGCAAAUAGUUUUAACGGAUUAUGAGGAUAAAAAGACAGUAACUCCCUUUACAAAAGAUGAAGAAGUAAAAAUGGAAGAUACUUUGGAAAAACAUGUUGGCAGCAGGUCGAACCCUGAUAAUUGCAAAUAUGUUGAUAUAUAUUUACCUAUACCAAUGUUACAGCUACUGCAAAUUAUCGAACACCUGACUGAGCAGCAGAAAAAUGGACACAUGCAUGACUUUAGACCGGAAACAACCAUGUUUGUUUGUAAUAAGUGGGAUCAAGUGCAUCCCAAGGAACAAGAUGAAGUAUUUCAAUUCAUCGUUAACAAGUUAAAGUCCGAUUGGCCAAAUUUUGAUGAAAGUUUACAGAUCUUUAAACUAAGCGUUGCAAAGGAGAAAAAAAGAAUUAAAAAACUUGGGUCACCAUCGGAAAACUAUGAUUACUUUGUCAGUGGCAUCCGCAGAAUGAUUUCAGCUACAUUAGAAGCUAAAGUUGUCAGACAUGCAAGCCCAAUACCAUGCGGUGGCAACCGAAAUUUUACAGAUUGCAAGGAUUCAUGGAAGUUUGUUAAAGAAAAAGUAGAAGGGAUAUGUGAUGGUUUGGAUUAUAUCCACAAUAAGGGUUUUGUUCACCGCGACCUUCGAAUUGAGAACAUUAUGAUAAAUGCGAACGGACAAGUAAAACUAGUGAAGAUUGGGUUAACUAAGAAAGGAAUUGAAGAUCCUUCUGCAGAUGUAACUAGAAGUGAAGUUAACAUGGCUCCAGAAGUUUUCUUAGGAGAUCUAACAGGCAGUGAAGCAGAUGUCUAUAGUGUUGGUAUGUUUAUAUUACUGAGUUAA